UUUCAUGUGUGUCUUUCAUGUGUGUGUGUUUCUUAUUCAUCUGUGUUAGCUAGUGUUAGAGACACAUAGGGUCAACAAGUGCAGUAGUAGGAUCCAUUGUGCACAUGAUGCAAUGGUGAAGGUUGCUCAUUACACAACAACAGUCUUUGUUCAGGGAGGAGCCUGUAUGAGUCACUGUGGUAAGGCUGGUGGAGGUGUCUAAACCAAGCACUGCUGUAUUCCUCUCUACUAUGUGUGUGCGUGAGGGUGUGUGUGUGUGUGUGUGUGUGUGUGUGUGUGUGUGUGUGUGUGUGUGUGUGUGUGUGUGUGUGUGUGUGUGUGUGUGUGUAUGCGUGUGUGUGUGUGUGUGUGCGUGUGUGUGAGAGAGUGCAUAUUCGAGUAUGAGGUACAUCAUGUAAUUAACUGUACUGGGUUUUUCAGUGGAAGAGAAUGCACAAGGGGAGGAUCAUGCGAAAAAUGGCAUGAAGCUUGGGAAGAAGUGGCGUAACAUGGUAUCACGCACCAUGACCCGCAAAACAUCCAAGAUGGUUCAGAAGGCUCUUGCUGAGGAGGGGGGGGAGAGUGGAGAUGAGGGCUCUGGGUCCCCCAUCACUGACUGGCUCCCAGGCCUGAUCCCAGGUCAACGGACAUCAGUGUGUUCCACCGGCUCAGAAGACACCACAUCCAGCCCAGUCUCUCAACAGCUGUCUGGCUCAGGUGGGGAUCGCAAGAGCCUGGACAGUGGCUACAGCCAGAGAGACAGCAUGAGACUGGAGGAAGCUGGCAGUGCCUACACAGGACCCUUCUGUGGUCGCGCCCUGGUCCACACAGACUUCACCCCCAGCCCCUACGACAUUGAGUCCCUCAAGCUCCAAAAAGGAGACAUCAUCCAGAUUAUUGAGAAGCCCCCGGUGGGCACCUGGACAGGGAAGCUCAACAACAAAAUGGGUUCAUUCAAGUUCAUCUAUGUUAACAUCCUCCCCACUGAGACCAGCCCGCCCAUUAGGAAACGCUGCCACAGCAAGACCCAGCGGACCAAGACCAAGCCCAAGACCCUGGAGGAAGUUCUGGAGAGGAUAGGCCUGACGGAGCUGAGCUCUCUGCUGUCCAUGCACGGCUUCCAGAGCCUGGAGGACUUUGGGGGUUUGAAGGAGUCUCACCUGAACGAGCUCAACAUCACCGACCCCGAGCAGCGCACCAAGAUCCUGACGGCCACCGAGCUGCUGAGAGACUCGGAUGAUGAGUCCGAUGUAGAGGAGGACCGGCCUGUGGAGAAGAGUGACAUGCCUCGGGACUCCGGAUGCUUCGAAAGCUCGGAGAACCUGGAGAACGUACGUGAGGAACUCGAGACGGAACCCGAAGCCCAGAACCAGGAUCCAGAGGUGCAGGAACGGGCCGACGAGGACAACCAGCUGGGUUCUGUUGAGGAGCAGCUGCAGGAACUGACGGUGGAGGAGAACUCAUGAGAACCUGGAAGAGAACCUUCUUUAACCUUCACCUCUGUAUGGUCUCCAGGAAUCCAGCUGACUCUACAGACAGGCAUUCAUCAAGUGCCUCUCAGGGUCAGUAUGCAUUUGUAGGGCCAGAGUGACAAAGUAUCAUCAGUGUAUACCUUUUGUGAUAGCUCAUAUGUCUUCCAGUUUUGCAUCCUAGUUUUACAUGCUCUGUAACCCUUCCCACAAAUGCUGUGUAUGACUGCAGGGAUUGCAAGUGUUGCAUCCCAAUAUAAAGUUGAUUGAGGCUGGGGUUUACGCUUUAACGAUCUACAGGAUGGAUGGAGAGAGCGUUUCCUCUGAGAUGCUGUGUCAUAUUUUAUCAGGCUAUUGAACUGUCAUUAAGUAUAUUGUAUGCUUGUCAGUGUUUAGUGAAAUGUUACUUCAUGAAUAUCAUGAACUGUUCUAUACAAUUAACUUGCAUCGUACAUUUGCUUACUUUGUUCUGUCCAACUUCUACUGUAAGACACAUCGUUUUGUUACCUUACCUACUGUAUGUGAUGUCUUCAGUCAACUAUUUCUACACCUUCAGAGUGUGUUUUUUAGGAUUGAAAUAUGUCAUAUAAAAAAUAUGUUGAACAUUUGUGUUGUCUAAGUUCAGGGACUUAAAAAACCUAGCACCCAGUCAGGAUGUCCAUGUGAUUUACUGUUAAAUGUUGUCAAUUUGUCCAUGUCGGUGGAUGAUGUUUUUGGAUGUUUUUCUGUAAAUAAAGUUUAAAUAAAAAAGAUAAUUGCCUAAAACGUA